AUGGACGAAAGCGCCAUGGCGAACCAAUAUCAAGUCCUCGAAGAGCUCGGGAGUGGAAGCUUUGGAAUAGUUUACAAAGCAAUUGAGCUCGCAUCUGGCGAGGUGGUGGCCAUAAAACAUGCAUGCACCAACAAUGGCUACGCAUCCGAAACGUUGACUAACAUGCUCCCAGAUUGA